AUGUCCGCCUCAGUGAAGGAAACAUUUGACUCUUUGUGCUUGAAAGUCACCAUCCUGAGGGCAGAAAACAUUUCCUCCAAAGAUUACCUGUCUGAAUCCGACUGCUACGUGAUUCUCACACUCCCGACAGCCACGUCAGAAACCUACCGUACGACUACCGUGUCCAACAAUAACAACCCAGAAUGGAAUGAAACGUUUACUUUUCGGGUCGCCGCCCAUGUGAAAAACAUUGUAGAGAUCAAGCUCUAUGAUGACUCUUUCGCGCGGGAUGACAAGUUUGCGGAGCUUCUGUUUGAUGUCGCAGAUCUCUCAAUCGGGAUGAAGGAGACCAAGACCUUCACGAUCAACCCAGAGAAGGAAACAUUUGACUCUUUGUGCUUGAAAGUCACCAUACUGAGGGCAGAAAACAUUUCCUCCAAAGAUUACCUGUCUGAAUCCGACUGCUACGUGAUUCUCACACUCCCGACAGCCACGUCAGAAACCUACCGUACGACUACCGUGUCCAACAAUAACAACCCAGAAUGGAAUGAAACGUUUUCGUUUCGGGUCGCCGCCCAUGUGAAAAACAUUGUAGAGAUCAAGCUCUAUGAUGAGGACUCUUUCGCGCGGGAUUUAAAGUUUGCGGAGAUUCUGUUUGAUGUCACAGAUCUCUCAAUCGGGAUGAAGGAGACCAAGACCUUCACGAUCAACCCAGAGGCUGCCCCGUUCUCUGUACUGGAUAUUAACAUUGACAAGCUGCGAAGUCAUGAACGUUUGUGGAACAAGAUGCAGAAGCUGAGGGAUCUCUAUCGUGAGAGUCUCAUAGCUAAAGCAAAGGAAAGCCCGACACUGGGAGACUUGGAGACAGAAAUAGAAGUAUCACCCUCUGCUUCUACAUAUGCUGCUGCUCCUCCAAUGGAAAAAUAUCCAAAUCUCAAGCCGCUACCAGUCAAACAUGCAGGAGAAGUGUUUGAUCAGGACAAAGUGGAUUCGGACAUGAAAACACAUGAAGGCGAGCGUCUUGCAGUUCGUCUGGACUUUGACAUCCCAACUCAAGAGAAGGAGUUCCUGAAGAAGAGGAGCGUUGUCGUGGCACAGGCUUUGGAGAAGCUUUUUGGUGCUCAAAAUGAUCCUAAAAAGGUAGAGUGCUUUAUCUUUGUGCCGGUGAUAGCAGUGGUGGCUUCAGGGGGAGGGUCCAGAGCAAUGACGGGCCUGCUUGGUAGCCUGAGAGGCCUGAAGGAAAUCGGGGUCCUGGAUGCUGUCAGUUAUAUCACUGGUGUUUCUGGAUCCACAUGGGCGAUGUCUACGCUGUACCAGGAGGAUAACUGGUCACAUGAGGACAUGGACAGUGUCAUCUCGGCAAAGAAGGAACAGAUGACCAAGAGUAUCCUGAGCAUCUUCUCUCCUGAGAAACUCCUGUAUUACAGUGAAGAAAUUGCUGAGAAAGAGCAGGACGGUUACAUUGGGUCACUCAUUGAUAUGUUGGGCCUGGUCUUUGAGCAGCUUGUCUUUGGGAAGAAAGUCACCAGUACCCUGUCUGAUCAGCAGAGAGCAGUGAAUGAAGGCCAAAACCCUUUACUCAUAUACACUGCUGUCAAUAUGAAGGAUAUGGCAAAGGGCUUUCAAUCUGAAGCUGAGUGGUGUGAGUUUACCCCGUACGAGGUAGGCAUCUACAAGUAUGGGGCGUUUGUCCAAACUGAGGACUUCGGAAGUCAGUUCUUUCUCGGUCAUGUUGUCAAGAAACUCCCAGAAGUCCGCCUCCCGUAUCUGAUCGGAAUAUGGAGCAGUGCUAUUUCUAUCAACAUGUCCAAGCUAUGGACUCUUGCAACAGGGUUCAUGCCUUCUUGGAGCACCUGGCUCGGACCGGAGGUCAACAACAUAGAAGUUGACACUGAACCAUCAACUCUGGACACACACCUCAUAAAUCCAACCACAGAUAUCAUCUCCAUGGUGACUGAUUUCUUCAUAAAUCGUCCAGUCAUCGCUGAAAUGAACAAUUUCAUGCAUGGACUCUUCAUGCACAGGGACUACAAUCUACAUCGCAGCUUUAUUACCUGGAAAGAAACGCAUCUAGAUAACUUCCCAAACCAGCUGACGCCCAGUGACGCCACCCUGUGCCUGGUGGAUUCUGGUCAUGCCAUCAAUCUUGGCUGUGUGCCCGUCCUGCGGCCAGAGAGAGAUGUGGAUCUCAUCAUAACUCUGAGUUACUCAUGGGAACCAGAGAACAACCUCAGGGUCCUGGAGAAGACGGCUGCCUACUGUAAAGACCGUGACAUCCCCUUUCCCAAUGCUGAUUUUUCCAGCCUGCAAAAGAAGCCUUAUAAGGAGGUCUACAUCUUCGAGGAUAAGGAGAAUCCCAGAGCCCCGAUAGUGGUUCACUUCCCACUUGUCAAUGUCACAUACAAGCACUUCAAACACCCUGGCGUCAAGCGUGAGACUGAGGAAGACAUGAGAGCUGGGGAGGUGGAUGUGAGCAGCAACAACUCUCCAUACCUCACCAAGAACUUUACCUACUCAGAAGAGGACUAUGAGGCUCUGGUGGAUCUGACCACUUACAACAUAUUAAACAACAAGGAGAGCAUCCUCGACGCCUUGCGUAAGGCCGUGGAGAGGAGCGCAUCCAAGAUUAAGAAAUGAAGGAUAAGCUUUACAACAACCGGUUUAUCUGCAUUAACAAGUCACCUUUCUUAAUUGCCUGUACGAGUCAGUCGAUUGGACUGAUGGAUACAGUAAUGAUCACAAAAAGCUGAACUCCUGUGUUGACUGGGUUUGAGGGAAGGCUUAUCUCUAAAGCUGAAUGUGCAGAAAUGAAUAAAA